GAAGCGAAAAAAGUCGAAAAAAAUUAAGUUCGCUAAAAUUAAAAUAAUUUCUUAAAAACACUACAAUAAACAUUCUAAAUCAUAUUUUAACAUUUUCGAAGUAUUUUUAAAAAGAAAAUUAUAAUUACUUCAGGCAUCGUAUAAAAUGACCCAUUGGGAGCCCCAAGCUGAGGGUCUUAAUCAGAUCAUAACCCUUUUAAAGCAAAGCCAGUCUACAGAUAACCAAAUUCAAAGAAAUGUUCAAUUGAAACUCGAAGAACUGAAUCAUUAUCCCGAUUUUAAUAACUAUCUGAUCUAUGUGCUAACGAAGUUAACAACUCAAGAUGAACCAACACGUUCACUUAGUGGACUUAUUUUAAAGAACAAUAUAAGAAUACAUGCAUCAACUCUCCAACCAGAAAUUGUUGAAUAUAUUAAGAGAGAAUGUUUGAUGGCAUUGGGAGACCCUUCACCUCUAAUACGAGCAACUGUGGGUAUACUUAUAACAACAAUAGCGAACAAAGGAGGAAUUCUCAAUUGGCCUGAACUCUUACCAACAUUAUGUGAGAUGCUCGAUUCCCAAGAGUAUAGCAUUUGUGAAGGAGCAUUUGGGGCUUUACAAAAGAUCUGUGAGGAUUCAGCAGAAUUGUUAGACAGUAACGAGCUUCAUCGACCAUUAAAUAUUAUGAUUCCAAAGUUUCUACAGUUUUUCCGCCACACAAGCCCCAAGAUUCGUUCUCAUGCCAUCGCUUGCAUUAACCAAUUCAUUAUUCAUCGCACACAAGCUUUGAUGGUUCACAUCGAUACAUUCAUUGAGAAUCUUUUCCAUCUGUCAAGUGACGAAGAUCAUGAAGUAAGAAAAAAUGUUUGCAGAGGUUUGGUAAUGCUCUUAGAUGUACGAAUGGAUCGUUUAAUGCCACAUAUGAAUUCUAUUAUCGAAUAUAUGUUGGUGCGAACACAAGAUUCUGAUGAUACAGCAUUAGAAGCUUGCGAGUUUUGGCUUUCACUCGCUGAACAUCCAGUUUGUAAGGAAGUUCUUGGACCGCAUCUUCAUAAGUUAGCUCCAGUUUUGAUCAAAGGAAUGAAGUAUUCAGAGAUUGAUAUCAUCAUUUUAAAAGGCGAUGUUGAGGAAGACGAAUUCAUUCCGGAUCGUGAUGAAGACAUCAAGCCAAGAUUUCAUAAAUCUCGAACACAUACAUUGAAGACUGAUGCAGCACAAGGUUCUGGUGACGGUGGUGACAUUGGUGACUCAGACGAUGAUGAUGAUGAUGGUUUGGUUGAUGAUUCAAAUUUAAGUGAUUGGAAUCUUAGAAAAUGCUCAGCAGCUGCUCUUGAUAUUCUUGCAAGUGUUUUCAAAGAUGAAAUCCUUCCGAUUUUAUUGCCAAUACUGAAAGAAACACUUUUUCACGAUCAAUGGGUUGUUAAAGAAAGCGGCAUUCUUGCAUUAGGAGCUAUAGCUGAAGGAUGCAUGUCUGGAAUGAUUCCCCAUCUUCCAGAGUUAAUUCCAUUUCUGAUUGGAUGCUUAAGCGACAAAAAAGCUCUCGUGCGAUCAAUUACAUGCUGGACUUUGUCACGUUAUGCACAUUGGGUUGUGUCGCAACCUCACGAUCAAUAUCUGAAGCCAUUAAUGGAAGAAUUAUUAAAGAGAAUUUUAGAUGCUAAUAAGAGAGUUCAAGAAGCAGCUUGUUCUGCUUUUGCAACGUUAGAGGAAGAAGCUUGCACUGAACUUGUUCCAUAUUUGGGUUUCAUUCUAAAAACUUUAGUGUUUGCAUUCAGUAAAUAUCAACAUAAGAAUUUGCUUAUUCUUUACGAUGCAAUUGGGACAUUAGCUGACUCAGUUGGACAUCAUUUGAACAAACCAGAAUAUAUUAGUCUUCUCAUGCCACCAUUAAUUCAAAAGUGGAACAUGUUGAAAGAUGAAGACAAAGAUUUGUUUCCAUUGUUAGAAUGUCUUUCAAGUGUCGCAACAGCAUUACAAAGUGGAUUUCUUCCUUACUGUGAGCCGGUUUAUCGUCGUUGUAUAUCUUUGAUACAACAAACAUUAAAUCAAGAUCUUGUUGCGACGACAAGUCCGGGACAAUAUGAGUCGCCCGAUAAGGAUUUCAUGAUUGUUGCAUUAGAUUUACUCAGUGGGCUUGCUGAAGGGCUUGACAUGCACAUUGAGUCACUUGUUAUUAGCAGUAACAUCAUGCAAUUACUCUUUCAAUGCAUGCAAGAUUCAAUGCCGGAGGUUCGUCAAUCAUCUUUCGCACUUCUUGGUGAUUUAACAAAAGCUUGUUUCCAACAUGUUCAUCCAUACAUUUCUGACUUUCUGCCGAUCCUUGGAAGUAAUUUGAACCCAGAAUACAUUUCAGUGUGCAAUAACGCAACCUGGGCUAUUGGAGAGAUCAGCAUUAAGCUUGGUGCUGAUACCAAACCUUAUAUUCCUCUGGUUUUGGGGCCGCUUAUUGAUAUCAUUAAAAACCAAAACACUCCGAAAACGUUGCUUGAAAACACCGCAAUUACAAUUGGUCGACUUGGUUUUGUGUGUCCGAUGGAAGUGGCACCGUCGCUUCAACAAUUUGUCCGACAGUGUUCGUCAUUGCGCAAUAUUCGUGACAAUGAAGAAAAGGACUCUGCUUUCCGUGGAAUGUGUCAAAUGAUAACAUUCAAUCCAGCUGGUGUAGUUCCAGAUUUUAUCUUCUUUUGUGAUGCUGCAGCUUCAUGGAGUAAUCCGAAGAGCGAUUUACAUGAAAUGUUGAAAAACAUUCUUCAUGGGUUUAAAACACAAGUUGGUGACGAUAAUUGGAGACAGUUUUACGAUCAAUUUCCACCACAGUUGGCAGAACGUCUCAGCACAAUGUACGAUAUUUAAGUCAUCACAUAUUGCAACAAAACAGUCAUGUGAUGAUGGUAAGUUGAACAAAUUAAUUAUCUUCAAUAAAAGGAAAAAAGAAAACAUAUUUUUUAAGUUAGACGGUGAACAUUUUUCUCUUCUCAAUCACUUUUUUUAACAAUUAACUGAUUAAAGCAAAUGAAAACAAGAAAGAUAAUAGAAAUGGUGAUACACAUUUUUCUUUGAUUUGUUGUUGUCGAACUUCAACAUAAUCCCCGAUACAUUAAUAAUCAUGUACUUAUCUUAUCUCGCUGUUCAAAAUCGAGGAAAAUGUGUCAUAGGAAAUUUUAUUUAGUUAGAUGAUGAUGAUGAUGAAAAGCAGAAGAUUAAAAAAUGAAUUUUUUGGAUUAGUCAAGUAAAAAAUUAAAUUGUAAUAAAUAUUUUACAUGGAAAGCAUUUCAAUUUCAAAUAAAUUAUUUUCGAAGAGAAUUUUAAUCACAAAACAUAAAAGAAAAGAAAAACUUCAUUAAUAAAAUUAAAGAUUUUAAUUAUGAUUAAGUUCAGGGGAGAAUUAAUAAUGUGAACAAUUGUUUGCUAGACUUAAAUCAGGACUUUUGUCUGGAAGUUUCCUAAGGAAAUAAAACACAAUCGAAAGCAAAUCACAAAACAUUCCCUUGCCUCUCUUUUUGCUCCAACUCCUAUCACAAAAAUCGUUCAUAAUAAAUAUUAAGCAAACAAUUUUUCACGUUACUGAUAUUUCCAGCUGACAAAAUCUAAAUACAUAGCAAUGAAAAAGCAAAAGAAAAGUAAAAUUUCAGUCAUGUUAUUUGCUGACUGUCAAUUGAAAGUUUUUUUCUGUUAACUCUAUCAAUUUAAUUAAACAAAAAUAAUAUUGAAGACAAAAGUUGUGAUGUGGAAUAUUGAAAAUCAAGUUAACCAACAGCUACUCAUGGUUGUCAAGACUCCACACAUUCAACAACAGCAGAUCAGCUGAUCGUCUUCAUGAACCUAUAAAUAUAUAGAAAUAUUCACUUAGCAUAGAUAUUAGCAGCAAAUUUUUUGUUUUUCGCUAAACAUACAUUUAAGCAAUAAGAAUGUAAAUGAUAAAUAGCGUUAAGUUCUAAAAGAACUUCAUUUUAUCUUAUAAUGUAACAUACGCAUUUUAGGAAACUGUUUCAUUAUAACAAGAAAAACUUUCCCCAAACUUUUCCCAUCAAUUUUCCCAUGAAAUCAUAGAAAAGAAAGAAAGAAACAAAUCCUAGUAAAUAUUUAAUUGUAUAUUCUUAAUUUUUUUCUUAUCAUUAUUAUUUAAUUAAUAAAAAUACGUUCGAUUACUCGUGUCGUUGUCGUGUAAUGGCAUCCCGUGCGAUGUCUCGCGUCGCGUUUAUCGGGAAAAGAAAAAAAAAAUUGAAAUGAUGAAAUAAAAAAAAAUUAACAAUCUCCGUCGUUCGUAAGUAAAAAUUCGGUAAAGGUUUAAGUUUGAACAGAUA